GACUCGCUACCAGGCUUCCUGUCUCUCCGUCUAAGCGUAUCUCUGUCUGCAGAAGUAACAGGCGCCCUCCCCAGUGGGCUUCUGCUCCCAACCCUCACAGAGACACACCUGCGCUAGAAGCAGAAGGGAAGAGGGACCCAGGCUGGGAGGCUCUGCCCUUUCUUCGGGGGAAGGCUCAGGUCCUUGUCUGCCUCAGCAAAGCCACAAUGGGGCUGGGGACCUCUCUUAGGCACCUGUUCUUGGUGCUGCAACUGGCGAUGCUCCCGGCUGGCACUCAGGGAAAAACAGUGGUGCUGGGUGAGGCAGGAGACCAGGCAGAGCUACCCUGCCAGGCUUCCCAGAAGAGGAGCAUGGUCUUCAGCUGGAAAGAUUUUUCCCAGUCCAAUAUUCUGGGGAGUCAUGGCUUCUUCUUGCACAAAGGUAACACUGAACUGAGCCAUCGAGUGGAAUCCAAAAAAAACCUGUGGGACCAAGGAUCCUUUCCUCUGAUCAUCAAGAAUCUCCAAGUAACUGACUCGGGAACUUAUACCUGUGAAGUGGAGACCAAGAAGCUCGAGGUGGAACUGCAGGUGUUCAGACUGACUGCCAGCUCGGACACCCACGUGCUGCUGGGACAGAGCCUGACCUUGACUUUGGAGAGUCCCUCUGGGAGCAACCCUUCUGUGCAAUGGAAGGGUCCAGGGAAUAAUAAUAAGAGAGACGUCAAGAGCCUGUCACUGGCCCAGGUGGGGCUGCAGGACAGUGGUACCUGGACAUGCACUAUCUCCCAGAGCCAGCAGACACUGGAGAUCAAAAUACCCAUCGUGGUGCUGGGUUCUCUCCCUCCCCCUCCAGCCUUCCAGAAGGCCUCAGAAACAGUCUAUGUGAAGGAGGGGGAGCAGGCGGAGUUUUUCUUCCCACUCACCUUCGAGGAUGAAAAUCUGAGCGGGGAGCUGACUUGGCAGCAGGCGAAUGGGAAUUCUUCCUCCCAAUCCUGGGUCACCUUCACCUUGAAGAACAGAGAGGUGAGGGUGAACAAGACUCACAAGGACCUCAGGCUCCUUGUUGCGGAGAAGCUACCGCUGCAUCUCACUCUGCCUCGGACUUUGCCUCAGCACGCGGGUUCUGGAACCCUGACCCUGGAUCUCACCAAGGGGAAGUUGCAACAGAACGUGAGCCUCGUGGUGAUGAAAGUGACUAAGUCCCCAAACAGUCUGACCUGUGAGGUGCUGGGGCCCAGCCCGCCAAAGCUGACCCUGAACUUGAAGAUGGGGAAUCAGAAUAUGAAGGGCUCAAAUCAGCUGAAGUUGGUGACACAGCCGGAGCCCAAGGCUGGGAUGUGGCAGUGUCUGCUGAGUGACAAUGGCAAAGUCCUGCUGGAAGCCAAGAUCGAGGUCUUGCCUUCAGAGCUCACCCAGGCCUGGCCAAAGCUCCUGCCCAUGGUGUUGGGGGGAAUCGCAGGUCUAGUGCUUUUCACUGUUUCCUGCACCUUCUGUGUUAAAUGCUGGCACCGCAGGCGCCGGGCAGAACGGAUGUCUCAAAUCAAGAGGCUCCUUAGUGAGAAGAAGACCUGCCAGUGCCCCCACCGGCUCCAGAAGACCUAUAGUCUCACCUGAGGCCCUGACCAGGAGGAGUUUCUCACCUGCAACCUCCCCACCAGGCUCCGCUGCCCCCCCCACCCCACCCCCGCCACAUCUCCUAUCGGGCCCCUGGGCCUGGGGACCAGAUGAAUGUAGCCGGGGCCUGUGGCCGCCUCCUGCCCUCCUGUCGAGGGGGCCUUGGGUCUGCUCCUCCAGAUGCUCUCCUCCUCGUCCCCAUUUUCUACUCCAACCCUAACCCUUCUCUGAUGACUUCUCUCUCGACUCUCUCCAUCACCACUGGCUCGGAUCCUGGGCAGCACGAGGGACCAGCCCAGCCUGGCCUGGAGGGUGAGGUUGGGUGUCCGCAGCAUGAAGCUCAAGACUGUCUUUGUACGGGGAGAGGACCCUGGGACCAGAGAGGGCAGGGACUAGCCCAGGAUCACACAGCUAGUCAAGGACAGAUUCAGAUCCAAAGUUCCUCCUGACUGCCAGCCAGCAGCAUUUCAUUCUGCCUGCAUCUCACUCUGCCUUGGCAGAACCACAGACGCACAUCCUGACCUGGGCACAAACAGGCACCCUGGGCACACUCGUGCACAGACAUGAUUCCUUAUCACCUCAGCAGCACGGCUCUGUUUACAAACCAGUUCCUUUGGGCUUGUUUGUCUAUGGGCUUCCCUGGUGGCUCAGACGCUAGAGAAUCUGCUUGCAGUGCAGGAGACCGGGGUUUGAUCCCUGGGUUGGGAAGAUCCCCUGGAGAAGAAAAUGGCAACCCACUCCAGUACUCUUGCCUGGAGAAUCCCACGGACAGAGGAGCCUGGCAGGCUACUGUCCAAGGGGUCUCAAAAAGUCGGACACGACUAACAAUGUCUAUUUCAGCCUCAUGAAAAUCCUGCAAGGCUGGGUAGUGACAAGACCAAGACUAGCAUCUCCAGUGGAUAGACCAGAAACAGAAGGCAGAGAGGUACAUGCUUGCUUAGCUUCACACAGCUAGUAUGUGGACUAGCCCAGGUCUCUUGACUGCUAGUUCCACUGCUAUCUCUUGAAUAGAGGGACAAAUACCCUGCAGGUCUCUGCUGCUGGCUGGUCACAGAUGCCUGGUAUGUCCCUUGUCCCUCCAUGGGAGCCCUUCUGGCAGGGAGUUUGCCUCAGAGAGUUCAGGAUCAGGCAGGAGGGCCUCCCUGCCUAGAAUCCCUCCUUGGUCCCCUGCUGGCUGCAGAAUCCUGUUACCAGGGAACAAAACCUGCAGUUCUCUUAAUCAGGGCACAGGCCCUGUGGGAGAGAGUGUCCAGUGACCGCCACUCACCCUCUCAGAACCUUCUGGAAGGUGAGUUUUGCCCGGGGCGGGGGAGAGGUGGGGAGCUGGCUGGAAACUGAACCCUCUGAGGGCACCUCCUGUGAAGGGUGAUACCCAUGGGCCUCAGUCUCCCCACCCUGCACCCCCUUCUUUCUUCUCCCAAAUGACUCAGGAUACAGAAGAUCUCGGGGUUACAAGUUUUCUUCUUCUUCCUCUUCUUGAUCCAUUUCUCCCAGGAUCCCCAGCCUUCUCUGCCCCACUCUCCUCCCUUCCUUUCACCUCCCGCAAUCCCUACCCUUUUCCCUUCUUUUCUUUCCAAUUUGCCUCUUUCAGGAAGAACACCCAGCUGUCGCCAGGGGUCCCCAUGGCUUGCUUGUAUUCCUGACCUAUCCCCACCCUGCCUCCCUGAGCUGACAGAAAAAUACAACAGACUUAACUUUAA